AUGAGUCGUGCAGAAGUGGAUUUGCAAAGUAGUGUGAAGAAAGCAUGCAACAAUGACGAAGUUCCACCAAAGAGAAAACAUGUGAGGGCAUGUAUAGUCUACACCUGGGACCAUAAAAAUUCCCGGGCUUUUUGGAAUGCCGUCAAGAUUCAACCUUUGCAAAGCAAUGAGAUCCUGUUGUUCAAAGCUCUUAUCAUGAUACAUAAGGUCUUGCAGGAGGGUCAUCCUAACACUCUUAAAGAUGGCUACCGCAACCGGGACUUUGUUGCUUCGUUGGCAACAGUAUUUCCAACUCACGGUCUGGCAUAUGGUAGGUUGAUUAAUCAGUACGACCGCUACAUUUUACAAAAGUUGGAUUUUCAUCGUAACAAUCCCGGUUUCAAUGGAACAUUUGAAUACGAGGAAUACCUUUCGUUGAGAGCUGUCAGCGACCCAAAUGAAGGAUAUGAAUCCAUCUUACAAUUAAUGGACCUUCAGGACCUGAUUAAUGACUUGCAAAGGCUCAUAUUUGCAACCAUACACCGCUCACAUGGAAACUUAUGCAAGGUUAGCGCAUUAGUCCCAUUGAUCACCGAGUCAUAUGGAAUUUACAAAUUUUGCCUUUCCAUGCUCAGAGCAAUGUACCAACAGUUAGGGGCAGAUGAAGCGUUGACCGUCUUAUUUGAUAGAUUUGAAUCGCAACACUUUAUGUUACGUGACUUUUACACCGAUUGCAAUUCAAUUAAGUUUUUAACGAGUUUGAUCACAAUUCCUCGCCUCCCAAACAGUUCUCCUGAUUUGCAAGUUGACGAGGAUGGAAGAUCUUUACCCAGAAGCACCUCGGCUGGAAAUGAUGAACAAACCAUUGCAAGAGCUGAAUCUAUCAACGUGGAGCCUCCUAGCGUUCCACCCUCGAUUCCAACAGACCAGAUUCAAUCUCAACAAACAGGUUAUCUAUUUGAGCAACAGCAAGAACAAGAGAGAAUCCAAAGACAGCUUGAAUUGCAACGUCAGCAACAGCUUCAGGAACAACAAGAGCAACAACGUUUAUUUGAACAGCAACAGAGAGAGCAAGAGAGACGGUUUAUGGAAGAGCAGCAAGCUCUACAAAUGCAACAAACUCAGCAACAACAUGGACGUGUGUCUGAGUUGGAGCACGAUUUACUCAUGUUCAAAAAUCAAUACGACAAUGACCAGCAGUUGUUGCAACAAUAUGACACCAGAGUCAAAUCAUUGGAGAAUGAAAUGGGGGCGUUUAAUAACACAGCUACUCAACAAAUUGCUUCAAAGAACGAGCAGAUUCAAAAUUUAGAGGAGCAGAUAGCAAAUUGGACCAAAAAGUAUGAGUCACUUGCUAAGUUGUAUUCGCAAUUGCGCCAAGAACAUUUGAAUUUGUUGGCAAAAUUCAAGAAGAUCCAACAAAAAAUAGGCAGUGCUCAGGAAUCAAUUGCCAAGAAGGAGAAACUCGAAAAGGAUUUGAAGGCUAAGAAUAUUGAGUUAGCUGACUUGAUCAGAGAGCGUGACAGAGCAAGACUUGAUUUGGACAGAGUGAAAGCUUCGAAAGAUCAAGAAAUUGAAAAGUUGGAGACUGAAAUCAGAGACCUCAACGUUUCGGCCAAAGAAUCAGGUAAACUCCAAAACAUGAAUCUCAGUACAAUCAUGUCAAAGCACGAAGCGGAAUUGAAUGACUUGAAGGCUCAAUUGGAGCGCUAUUCUAGAAAUGGAGAGCCUGGAACGAUGGAUGGUUUGCAGGUACAAUUACAAGGGAAGGAAACAGAAUUGGCAAUUGCUAAUCAGUCUCUAGAGGAAGCAUACAAAGAGAUUGGUCGCAUUAAAGACGACCAAGAUGAUAUUUUGAAUGCAGAGAUCGAUCACAUCAUUAUGGCGCAUGUUUCCAAGUUUAAAAGUUUGAUUGAUAUAUUUUUGGACAACAGUAUUAGACGCAUUUUAGACAUCAAGCAUGAACUAACAUUAAACACCUCGGGUGUGAAUAAUAAUGUGUCCGCAGAAUACUUGUUGUCGGUUGUUGAGCUUUGCUCUGAUACAGCCACUGACUUUGCUUCCACGUUUAACGGAUAUAUUGCCGAGGAUAACAAUCAAGACGAAGAAACAUUUUCCGAUAUAAUUCUCUACAGCUCAUCGUUAGUCACAUACUUGAAUGAUUUGAUGCAGACAGCAAAGAGCCUUUCACAAGGUUCUUUGGGUGUAGAUGAAGAGAAAAUUUUGGGUCAAACGACAAAAGUGCUUGAUGAUGCUGAGGAAUAUUAUCAAGGCUUGAAAUCAGAGAAGCUUGAAGAGUUGGAUGACAAGGACGAUAGAAUUGAUCUGAUAAUAGACAGUAAUCUUGAGUUACAGACCUCCUUAAAAGAAUUGGCGGGCUUGGUGGACUUAUUGAAGCUGUCCAGUGGUAUCCAGUUUAAAGGUGAUCUCGAGAGUCUCGUGAAUAAGGAAAUGCAACAAACGGUAGAUGCGGUAAACUCAGCUUCUAAGUAUUUGAUGGACUUGUUGAAGAACCCGAACAUAUAUGGUGGUAACAUCGAGAUACAUGAAACUUUGGUAACGUGCGCAAAAGCGAUAAUUGAUGCCGUAGGACGGUUGAUACAAGCUUCAGUGGAAUCGCAACGUGAAAUUGUCAAUAAAGGCAAGGGUUCACAGUCAAAUACAGAAUUUUACAGGAAGAAUAGUAGAUGGACUGAGGGACUUAUCAGUGCAGCAAAAGCAGUAGCUGGUGCAACCAACAUAUUAAUUCAGAUUUCAGAUGGUGUUUUGCAGAAGAAAAACACUCACGAAGAGUUGAUAGUGGCAUCAAAUGAAGUUGCUGCGUCUACGGCCCAAUUGGUUGCUGCUUCUAGAGUCAAAGCUAAUUUCAUGUCAAAAUCGCAAGAUGCUUUGGAAUCAGCUUCUGGUGAUGUCACGCGCGCAUGCAAGUCUUUAGUGAACAAAGUGCAAGGCCUAUUGAAUAAAGAUGAGCAGCAAAGUGAUAACAUUGACUUGAGUAAAUUGACUCCUUACGAAGGGAAGACGCUUGAGAUGGAACAACAAGUGGAGAUUUUAAAACUUGAGAACAAACUCCAAGCAGCCAGAAGAAGACUUGGAGAGAUCAGGAAACAUGGCUAUAAGGACGAUGACAGCGACGAAGAGUAG